CCGAGUCCCGCACCUCCCUUUGGACACUGACAGCACCUCGCCACAUUUUGAACUUCAUAUCCCAUAAUGCAAAGCGCUCCAGAGGCGGGUCCACGUAGGUUGGUCGAGCCCUUCGGGAAAUGUAGUACAUACCGGCUCAGCCAUAAUUCUGUCUAACAGGGAUUCUGGUACACCGAAAACUACAAUUCCCAUCGGCGUAGUAGACCUGGCCUCUCUGCUCGUCUCUCACCCCCGCAUUGCUCUGUUUUACCCCCUUGCCUCAGUUCUGUAUCUGGUAUGAAGUCUCCUGUAGUAACUGGUUCUCAGGGUACUCCAUCUUCGGAUCGGGGGCCACCUUUGCUAUUUGGCCUUCUUCCCAGCUCUCAAACUAGGGCUGGGAGCGUGGCAAACCUUAACCCCGCCCUCACAGCAGUGCCGCUGGGGCUUGGUCGCCAUAGUGACGGGUUGUACACUACAGAGUUUCCCAGGCAGCUAGUGCAGGCCACCUGCCUGCCUGAGGUUCAUGGCUUCCCCAUUGCAGUCGCGGGACUACAGCUUCUCCAAGUCGAGAAAAUACCUGAGACCUUCAGGAGUGACCACAGAUGAUUUCUUUCCAGAAUCCAAGAGCACCCAGAAAUUCAAGCUUUCUCAGAAACGGAAGAUGCUGCCUGUGCAUUUUUCCAUGAGUGGCCAUCUGUCCCCAUGGCCCACAUAUGCCAGUGGUCAGACCAUUCUGCAAAAUCGAAAGCCCUGCUCAGAUGAUUGCCGGAAGCGCACCAGUAGCUGGCAGCAGCAGCCCAUAGGCAUUGCCAAGCCUCAGUACCUGGAGCACCUAGAAAACUACCUACGCAAGGAGCUCCUCCUGCUAGACCUGGGCACAGAUUCUGCGCAAGAGCUGAGGCUUCAGCCUUACAGGGAGAUCUUUGAGUUCUUCAUAGAGGAUUUCAAAACAUACAAGCCACUGCUAUCCUCCAUCAAGAAUGCAUAUGAGUUGAUGCUGGCCCACCAAAAGGAGAAGAUCCAGGCCCUGGAGCCCCUGAAGGGCAAGCUUAUCACUAUGAAUGAGGACUGCAAUGAGAGGAUCCUGGCCAUGAGGGCUGAGGAGAAGUAUGAAAUCUCCAUGCUGAAGAAGGAGAAGAUGAAUCUGCUAAAACUUAUCGACAAAAAGAAUGAGGAGAAGAUUUCAUUGCAGAGUGAGCAGGUGUCCAAGCUGAGGAAGAAUUUAGCCGAGGAGUACCUGCGCUACCUCACUGAGCGAGAUGCCCGCAAAAUUCUCAUUGCAGACUUAAAUGAGUUACGAUACCAACGGGAGGAUAUGUCAUUAGCCCAGUCCCCAGGUGUCUGGGGGGAAGACCCUGUGAAGCUAACACUGGCUCUAAAGAUGACUCGGCAAGACCUGACCCGCACACAGAUGGAACUCAACACCAUGAAGGCUAACUUUGGAGAUGUGGUACCCAGGAGAGACUUUGAAAUGCAGGAAAAGACCAAUAAGGAUCUUCAAGAGCAGCUGGACAGCCUGAGAGCUGAUUAUGAAGAGGUCCGCAAGGAGCAUGAUUUAUUGCUGCAGUUGCAUAUGACCACACUGAAAGAACGGGACCAGUUCUCUUCUGAGCUGCAGGAUAUCCAGCGCACCUCCACACCACGACCUGACUGGACCAAGUGUGGAGAUGUGGUGGCCGGGGGCCUGGAUCGUUGGCAGAUGCUGGCUGAAGGCAAGAACAGUGACCAGUUGGUGGAUGUGUUGCUGGAAGAGAUUGGCGAGGGCCUGCUCCGGGAGAAAGACUUUUUCCCUGGUCUGGGAUAUGGGGAGGCGAUCCCUCCUUUUCUUCGGUUUGAUGGCCGUGUGAAGAACAAAAAACCAAGCAAGAAAGAUGUGGUAAAGCUUCUCAAGGAUGUCUGGAAGGAGCGUCUUGCAGAGGAACAGAAAGAAAAGUUUCCAGAUUUCUUCUUCAAUUUCCUGGAGCAUCGCUUUGGCCCAAGUGAUGCCAUAGCUUGGGCAUAUACCAUUUUUGAAAAUAUCAGGCUUUUCCGCUCCAAUGAGGUCAUGAGCCAGUUCUAUGCAAUCUUGAUGGGGAAGAUGACAGAGAGUGUAUACAUCAACCAGAAGGAGACAGUAGCCCAGCUGCUGAAGGAGAUGAUAAAUGCUGACAGUCAGAAUGAGGGGCUAUUAACCAUGGAGCAGUUCAGCACCAUCCUCAAGAGGACUUUUCCCCUCAAGAAGGAAGAACAUAUUCGGGAGCUGAUGGAGGCAGGGGGCUGGCACCCCAACAGCACCAAUGCAGACUUGUUUGAUUACCGCUCAUUGUUUACAGAGGAUGAGGAGGGUCAGAGUGAACCCUUUGUGCAAAAGCUGUGGGAACAGUACGUGAUUGAGAAGGAUGAGUACUUACAGGAACUAAAGCAGGAGCUGGGCAUGGAACUCUAUGAGGAGGUAACUCUUUCCAAGCUACGGAGGGCUCUGAUGAUCAUUGAUCCUACCCUGGACAAGCAGACUCUGAACACCCACCUGAGUCAGGCCUUCCAGAUCCCUGUGUCAGAACUGCCAGAAAAUGAGAAUGAGGACAUUGUAACAAGGCUCCAGACUGCAAUGGAACAGCUUCAGAUGGCUGACGUCAAGCGUACAGGGCCUCGAGAACCAGAGGCUGCAAGCUAAGACUAUCACAGGCAGCCUGAAUGCUUGAAUGCUGCUAACCCAAUUUUUAGUAUAAAAAU